CUCCAGGAUUUGCGCUGACUCGUCAUUGCACCUGAUGCAACACCCCAAUGCUUGUGAGGUUAUCCGCACAAUAUACAUUAUAUCACCUCUCACCGCAUGCUAUCGGCCCCCAACAUUGCUUACCGCAUAUUUAAUCUCGCCUGCCUCGACCUUCCUCCUAUGGCAAUUCUUUCCCCAGCUGGAGCGGCCCCGUCCGCUUACCCGACAGCCGACUUAUCAUAAGGGAGAUACGAGGAGGGGGAUGGCUAUCACGGCAAUGAUUGCGCAACUCUGCGAUAAGAUAACUCAAUGCCCUGACGUACGCCCUGCGUCGGGCUUCCCCUCAUAUUAUCCCCCGACCUCCCCUGGCAUCUCUCUCCAGCAAAUGCUUCGGAAAUUGAAGAUGACCAAGUUCCAAUUGCUCCCUUUUGUCGCAGGGCUGCUCGUCCCCUCGGUGGCGGCCCUCAGCAUCCCCUCCCCGCAGCAGAUUCUUGAUACCUUCACUAUCGGGGAAACCAGCGACUUAUGUCCUCUGGCACAAAAGGUUGAGGUCCCUGACGAUGGGUUCUUCCCGGCUCUCAAAUUUGUCGAGGACAGCUCUUUCAAGUCGCGUCAAGUCAAUCGCCUCUCCAGGGCUGUCCAGGUCCCAACCACGGUCGACGAUUACAUGAGAGACCCUUACGACGAGAAGUUCGCCCCAUUCGCCGACUUCCAGAAACUCCUGCAGACUCUCUUUCCCCUCACUCACUCCUACGCUCGCGUAGACCACAUCAACCGAUUCGGCCUCGUCUUCACCCUCAAUGGCACCGAUGACUCUCUCAAGCCCCUGCUCUUCACCGCGCACCAGGACGUCGUUCCCAUCAACGACCCCUCAGACUGGACCUACCCUCCCUUCGAUGGCCACUUUGACGGCGAAUGGCUCUGGGGCCGCGGCGCCAGCGACUGCAAGAAUGUCCUGAUCGGUCUUCUCUCCGUCGUUGAAGACCUCCUCUCCCAGAAGUGGCAGCCCACCCGCACCGUCCUUCUGGCCUUCGGUUUCGAUGAAGAAUCCCACGGUUUCCUUGGCGCCGGGUCUAUCGCCCAACUCCUCGAGAAGAAGUACGGCCCCGACAGCUUCGAAUUCGUCCUCGACGAAGGCGGCAUGGGUCUUGAGACCGUCGACGACACCGACGAUGGCGUCGUCUACGCUCUCCCCGGCGUCGGCGAAAAGGGCAGCCUCGACGUCGUCCUCACCCUCGCCGUCCCAGGCGGCCACAGUUCCGUCCCUCCCCCGCACACGGGAAUCGGCAUCAUCUCCGAGAUCAUCUACGCGCUGGAGCGCGAGGACCUCUUCGUCCCCGUCCUCGACACCCACCAUCCCACGCGCAAGAUGCUCGAAUGCCAAGUCCGCCACUCCCCAUCGCAGGUUGAGCCCUGGCUCGCCUCGGCCCUCCAAUCAACCGACUACGUCUCCCUCGCCGAGAAACUCGCCUCCUCCCGCGGCGAAAAAUUCCGCUUCAUCCUCCAAACCUCCCAAGCCACCGACAUCAUCACCGGCGGCGUCAAAUCCAACGCCCUCCCAGAGAAGAUCAGCGCCGUGGUCAACUACCGCGUCGCACUCCACCAAACCCCAGAUCUCGUCAAGAACCGCGCCGUGAAAAUCAUCACCCCCAUCGUCCAGAAAUACAACCUCUCCCUAACCGCCUUCCCGGCCGAUGACAAAGUCGACCCCUCCCUCAACAACCACCUCACCCUGACCACCCUCAACGGCGCCCUCAGCCCCGCCCCCGUCAGCCCAACAAACAUCGAGACCGACCCCGUCUGGGCCCGCUUCUCCGGCGUCACCCGCUCCGUCUUCGAAUCCGUCCCCAGCCUCAGCGGAAAGACUGUCGUCGUCAGCGGCGACAUCAUGACCGGAAACACUGAUACCAGAUUCUACUGGCCCCUAACUCGGAAUAUCUACCGGUGGAGUCCGUCGCGCGCCGGUCGGGCCGUGAAUAUCCAUACUGUUGAUGAGAGAAUUGAUAUCGAUAUUCAUUUGGAGGCUAUGAUGUUGUAUUACAACCUUAUUCGCUCGUUCGAUGGCUGGUCAGACUCUGACUCUGCUGCUGAUGAGCUUGCUCAUGAUGUGCUGUGAGCAUAGCUCGUUUCUUCUUGGCCUUGGACACGUGUAAUGCAGCGUAUAAUUCUCUCCUUGGAUUAUUUGGCUCCUUACCUGCGCCAAAAGUUCAUUUCUUGGAUCUGAAUCGGGACUCAUCUGUUGGAUUUCUAUUCCGGAUGUCAUUUGCAUACUGCCUAACGAUCAUAUCUCGCAUCAAUCUGCCUAUCUAUGAUGCAAUUUCUAUCUACUUUGCAUCCAUCUGUUUAUGACUCACAUCUAUUCUUCUACCCAUUCACGUGAUCAAGAUUGGAAAAUGAGCAGUAUUACUUGCAGCGGCUUAUGCAAGGGAUAUUAUGUACUUGACCACCCCACGAUGCCCAAAUGCACUGUAAGCCCACGGCAAUGAAAACAAGCAUGGCGU